AUAACAUUAUAAUAAUUUGUAUUGAAUUGAAUAGAAAACUCGGAUAAUGUUGUGUUUGGUGUCCCACUCGAGCACUUGUACAACACAGACCUCCGACGAAACACCAAUUCUAGUCUACCAUUCAUAUUAAAUACCUUAUUUAAUUACAUCCGAAUGAAUGGUCUCCACGAGGAAGGGAUCUUUAGGAUUAAUGGGUCGCAAAACAGAACACUCAAACAAGAGUUGGAAAAACUGUUUCACUUGUAUUACAACAACUCUUCCCGAGAGAGCACUGAAGAGAUAUUUACCGUUUUAAACAAAUACAACAUUUAUGACAUCUGCAGUGUUCUCAAGCAAUUCAUACGAGAACUGCCGGAUCCUCUCCUCACCCAAGACCUCCUCGAAGCCUUCAUAUUAGUGCCAAAAAUAACUGAUUUUCUUCAACAAAUCCAAGUUUUAAAUCUAUUGAUUCUACUCAUCAAUGAUAGCCAUCGAAACACAUUGGAAGCGAUUUUAUACUUAUUCAAUGAUAUCGCAAAUCACGAACAGCUAAAUAAAAUGACUGUUAAUAAUAUCGCCACAAUUAUGGCACCCAAUCUGUUCCCAGAUUUGGCCCUAAAGAAGAGAUCCAAACAAAUGGAGGGAAUGAAAGAAAUGGAGUCUAUUAUGGAGAGAGCGAAAGACAGCUUCUAUAUCACAAAAACUCUCAUUUUUAACCAUUUAGUGCUCUUUCAUGUGCCGCCAUAUCUUAUCGCACAAAUACAACGAAGAAGGAAGUGAUCGUCGAAAACAUCGCUUAUUCUGGAGGAACUACUUUUAGUCACAAU